CAUUGGUAAACAUUGGUGAGUUUUGUGAUUCGCAGUACCAAAUUCAAAGCCAUUUCGAUCGGGAUUAAAAAUCGUCUGCCAGCUUUCGAAGCACCUUCCACAAGUUUUGGCAGUGCCUGUAACCCAUGGAAAGGAAGUAGAAAAUCGAUUAAGAGUGUUUCGGUCGGGUGGACGGUUUAUCUGUGUAAGUGUAAUCGUGAAAAGGCGGAAAACGCCAGGCUAUCCGAGCAGUAAUUUCAGACAGCUUGAAUUGAAAUACAAUAAAUUUUUGCAAUUGAAUUCAGGCCGUCUACCUUUACGGGGCCAGGUGAAUUAUAAUCAGUUUGGGACUGCACAGAAAACGCACAAUUAGAAGAACCCAGCCAGCGGGCCAGCGAUCGAUGUGUGCUGUUGGAUGAGAAAAUUGUGGGUGAAUGAGUGUGAGGUGGUGUCCUGUAGGUGAGAAAAAAGCUCUAACCGGUGAGUGCCGCAGGAGCUGUCGGAAAGUGUCUAAAUUUUUUGAAAUAUUCCAACCUGAAAACUCUCAGGUAACAAGUUUUAAAGCCGAUUAAAAUUUCAGUAAAGUGUACAAAUUUACUGGAAGUAAAUCAUUUGCGAUAAGUUGCAAUACAGGCCAGUCCAUCAUUCGUGAGAACUAGCAUCCGAUUUUUCUCUCUCCCAUGUGUAAAAGACCACUGACUGCCAGACGAGUGAGUCAGUAGUGAAUGAUGUUUUGACUUCCUCUCGGUCCGUGCCAAGUGAAGAACGGUGCUGGUUGGCCGAUGCGAUGCAAAAACGACGGUGCUGCUAAGCUGCGUCGUUGUGUGCGACGACAAUGACGACGAUGAAAAGCUCAGUUUGGCUUGGCUCCUGUUGACGGGUACUGGAAGUGGCAGAAUAAAAAAAAUAAAACGAGCAAUAUCAGCGGCAUUGUUGUGAAUAAUAAACGUUACAAAUCUCACUCUAAUUACUCACUCCUUUUCCACCAUCAUCGUUCCGACUCGGCAGUGACGAACGGGUUGAGCAGGACGCCCUCCUGUCCGUGAGGGUGCGUUUGAGUGUGUGUGUGUGGGUUUUGGUGUGAAGGCGCAAAUAAAUGUCUAUUGUUGUACCGUGUAGCGACGGCCAAUUGUGUAGUGUAUUUUUGCUUUCGCUUCGGAGCUAUCAUUCAUGAUUGUAGCCGGAAGUUCGUGAUCGCGCCAGUAGCCAGUGUGUGACAAAUUACCUGUUUCAGGCGGACGUAUAAUUGGCGCUUUUUGGAAGAGGAUAACUAAAUAGAGGCAAAAUUGAGAGGAAAAUAGUUUAAUUGUGAUUGGAAGGGGAGGCAAUUACCUGUCUGCAGAUGAAUAAAAAUUUGCGUUGGCGAAUGCAAAAAAAUUAUAAAGCAGUGUGUGACGGAAGUGAAUAAUAACAGGUUCAAGCUGGUGAUUCAGGAAAUCAGACCAAAAACAGAUACACUGAAGCUUCUUUUCCCAUCGGAUUUUGAUUGAAAGCUUUUUUCUUCUCUCCGUCGCCACUCCAGCAGCAGCAGCCGGUUUCAAGCAUGUAACAUCGAAAGUUUGCAUGCCGGCAGCCGCAUAAGUGAAAUUACGUUACAUCCGUCGAGUGGAGCACAGCGGAGUUAAUAAUAAUAGUUAGCAAGGUGCGUGAGGCAGGUAAAUCCUGCGAGUGAAAGGAAAGUUUUCCGGAAAUUCCCCGGUGUGCCGGCAAGAUUAGAGAUAGUGCCGGUGCAGGUGCCGUCAGCUAGUGCCUGGGUUGAAAUGGUGGAAUCGGGCAGUAUCAGCCGGACCAGCCCGGCGACGGCGACGUCGAUAGUGGCGGCUGGCGUCCGCAGCGGAAUCCUCGAAACACGCGUCCGCGGUGCUUGGUAUCGCGUUUCGGUUACACUGGAAACGGACUACAUCUCGGUCAGUUUGGAUGAAACUUGCGAACCGGUGGAUCACAGCACCACGCUCAAUGGAACGCUAGGGAGCAACCACAGCGGCAACAACAGCUCGAACAACUCGUCGCAACCUUCGUCGGCGGGUGCAUCGGGACCGUCGAUUCACUCGUCGGAAAACUUGAGCAAUGGCGGCGGUAGUGGUGGUGGUGGUGUUGUGGGUGGUGGACCGGGUGGCGGCGGCAGUGGUGGUGUCGUAACGACACCGGCCGGAAGCAGUACACUUAAUGGCGGCGGAAGUCUGAACGGAGACAAUUUUCUGAACAAUAAUACCAAUAAUAACAACGGCAGUAGUAAUGGCACCGGCGGUAAUAAUCUAAACAACAACAACGGCACCAGCAAUGGGAUAGUGGUGGGAGGUGGUAACGGUGGGGGUAGCAAUAACAACAGCAUCGACAACGGAAUCGCCGAAAUCUGCGACGUACCUGAUUCGGUGGCAAAUCAGAAGCGACAUGUGCGAGUGAUCAAAUCCGAUAGCAACGGGCUUGGCAUUUCGAUAAAAGGAGGCCGCGAAAACCGGAUGCCCAUUCUGAUAUCGAAAAUCUUCCGCGGCAUGGCUGCCGACAGCGCAAAGGGCCUUUACGUAGGCGACGCCAUUCUGUCGGUGAACGGCGAGGAUCUGCGCGAUGCGACCCACGAGGAAGCGGUUCGGGCGCUGAAACGGGCCGGCCGUGUGGUGGAUCUUGAAGUGAAAUUCCUGCGCGAAGUGACGCCGUACUUUCGGAAAGCGAGCAUCAUCUCCGAGGUGGGCUGGGAGCUCCAGCGGGCUUUCCUGUGUCCGCUCGGGCCGGGCGCAUCCUCACCGCCGGCGGCCGCCCCACGCAGUCCACCCCGGGCCGACACCCGGUACAUCCCCCUGCAGUUGACCCAUCUGGCGCGGAAUCUCAAGUACCACGAUGCGGAGAACCGCUGCAUAGAGCUGCACUCCCCGGACGGUAUCCACUCGUGUAUCCUGCGAGCGAUGGAUCCACAGGAAGCAACGACCUGGUUCAACGCACUGCACUCGGCCAUCGGUAAAAGUACGCAGAAAGCACUGCUGGACGCCAACCGAGCGCUGGCAUCGAUUAUCGGCGAACUGAAGUACAUCGGCUGGCUCAGCCGAAGAUGCGGCGGAGAGCAGGUACGAAAAAUUACCGCACAUCAUCCUAGUUAUUGUAUCGCAAUUUGCCAGACAAUUUGUUUUCAAUUAUUGCCUCGCUGCUUCCGAUUCUGUCGGUUUAAACUCCUGUUCAUUCUUUUCUUCUCGUCGUUCCAGAACGGUCGCUCCAGCUCGGAAAGCUCCGACGAGUUAGAUAAAUGGCAAUCAAUUUUCGUUGCCGUCACGGAUCGUGAAUUUCGAUUAUACGAAAGCGCCCCCUGGUCGGUGGAAGCAUGGAGCCGGCCGUUUGAAAGCUGUCCGCUGGUGACCACCCGAUUGGCAGGAGCCGGAAACACAUCCACCGUUGGAUCAAAUUCGCUUACGCUCUCUUCUGCCCAACAGAGUUCCCAGUCGAGCGUGUUUUGUGUCCGCUGCGGUACGACCCGAGGAGUCGUGAGUCACUGGCUGCGCGCGGAGACCAACCGCGAUAUGGCGGCCUGGGCCCGGGUACUGGUGCAGGGCUGCCACAAUGCGAUCAUCGGCCAGCGAGAGUUUUCCUUCCGGUGCCAGUUUCAGGGCCGCCCGUGUCAAUUAAUCGUCCACCUGGAUCGGGGCUUCACCCUGCUGGACAGCGCCCUCGGCAGUACGGCAGUCGGCUCGAAACCGCUGUGGUCGUACCCGUUCGAUAAGCUCAAAGGAUCGGCCGACGACGGCAACAAGUUGCUACUGUUGGACUUUUCCGGCAGCGAGGACGGUGCCGAGAUUGAACUGGAUAUGGAAUGCUGUCCGAAACCGGUGGUGUUUGUGCUGCACAAUUGCCUGUCAGCUAAGGUUCACUCGCUGGCGUAAAGCAGUUUUACGUGGCGGUAAAGGAAGUAUUACUUUUAAUCGCAGCAGCAGAAAUGAGUAACCGGAACGGAAAAGCAAGUCAUCUGUAAAUACAACUCUAAAAACCAUUGGUUAUUUUUAACUAAGAAGAUUGUUUGACUGUUUUGUUUGACCAUUUUCUCUCGAACGCGUGUUAAAGGUGAGGUUAUGUUGUUUGUUACAGUAGUAGUAAUCAUUUCGUUUAAGCUCUAAUAGGAAUACAAGCAUUGUAUUAAACGAACACCACGUUAAGAUACACAUAUAAAAGCACACAUAAUGUAACACAAAGACACACACACUCACUUUCAAAAGCGUAAAGACGCGAUGUAAAAAAAUACACAUUUUGUAAACUGAUUGUGAUAGUUGAAACCUUUUAAAAGAUCUUAUUCCUAUUUAGACUCAUUGAACUCUUCUUCAAUCCGAUAAAUAUAAGGUGACAACUUAGCACAGUCAGUCCAAGAGUCGAUUAAUCAAAUCAUCAAUCUUGUUGUCCAUAUCGAUAGCAAAUUUAGUCAGUCAGUCAGUCAAUGCAAACAAAAAAAAAAACAAAGAAAACAUUGUAAAAAUAUACCAAAACGCAUCAACAUUUUCAAAGUGUUCUACACCCGGGCAGAGAGCGCAAAGUGUUGCAAGGAACGAAACAAACAAGUUGAAAAAUUAAACUGAAAUCUGUUACGUUAAACAAUCUUAUUGAAACGGAAAGGACAAGCAAAGAAGAUAUAACAAAGUUAGCGGAAUGAGCAAAGUUAGCUAAUGUUAAGUUUUUUUUCUCUACUCGACAAGUAUCACACAGAAAGUGAAACAAUUAAAAAAAACACCGGCACAGGAAAAAAAAUACUCCCAACAGUAAACGAACGAAAGAACGAACGCGAAAGCAAACUUGAGCAGGUAUUUCUGAUAAACUGGAAAACUUUAAUAAUGUACACUCCUUUCAGCCGCACCUCUAGGGACGAUAUGCAGUUGACAGAAAACUACGAUAAUUAAGGGUUGAGGAAACUUUGCAUACUUUGCAUGGAUAAUUUUAAAGCGGAGGAUCACUACAAUAAUAGUUAGGGCGUGUGGAAGGUGUGGAUCUCUUCUUACCGCAUACCACUCCAGCAGUAGGAGAUACUUCCGUAUUCUGUGUCCCGUGGAAGAGAAACUAAUUUCAAGCAGAAAGAAACAUCGUUUCAAAGUGCGAGCCGGACAAGAAAAAAGUUCAACCAACAGCUCAAGGAAGCUUAAUAUUUGCCUCCUUUCGGUCGGUUCGUCCAACCGGGGAAGUCGACGCGCAGACGACCGGUCUAAAGCUAAAGAGCGCCUGUUAUCGUUAUCAUUAUUUUAAUUAAUUUAAUUAACUUCCAAUGUGCGCGCACUUUGGGGGGCGGCGCAGAC